AUGCGCUCGUUGUCGCUGGCCGUCACCCUCGCCGCCGGCUUGGGUGCAAGGGGAGCUGCAGCUCGCGAUGAGCCUUCCAUUCUGCGUCGGGCUUGUCCAGACUACACCUCUUAUGCUUCUACUGGACAUGCCCCAUACAGCGGUGGUCCUCUGAAUCUGCCCUACCAAAGACCCGCAGCAGAAUGUCGGACCUUUGUCUCAAACGCAGUAGAGCAGGUCAUCGACGAUGUGACCUCGCGCAUGGUAGACAAGGACAUGGCUCAACUCUUUCGCAAUGCCUUCCCUAACACACUGGACACAACCAUCCGCUGGCAUGUCAAUAGCACGUCCACUAGUACUUCCUCCUCUCGGAAGAUGAGACGAGACAGUUCGCAAUGGCAAGGAGCUCAGACGUUCGUCGUGACCGGAGACAUCAACGCAGAGUGGCUGCGCGACUCGACAAAUCAAUUGACGGGCUAUCAAACACUGGCAAAGAAGGACCCGGCUCUAUACAGUCUCAUCCUCGGAGCCAUUCAUACGCAGGCUGAGUUCGUCAUCCAAUCACCCUACUGCAACGCGUUCCAGCCCCCUCCGCCUAGUGGAAUCCAAGCAACAAGCAACGGCCAACAGGAUACUGUGCAUCCAGCAUAUGAGCCCUCUGUUGUCUACGAAUGCAAAUACGAACUCGACUCCUUGGCCAACUUCCUCGCUCUGGGCAACGAAUUCUACGAAAACACCGGAUCCACCGAAUUCCUCACCAGCCGGUGGUAUCUCGCCCUGGACACUCUCCUGAACACCACGGACGCCCAGUCCCAGCCAACCUUCAACAGUAACCUUCAGUAUGUCCAGAACCAGUACACCUUCCAGCGCCAGACAACCCUCGGCACGGAAACCCUCAAUCUGGCCGGGAUCGGGAACCCGCUCAACGGAGGCACCGGACUCAUCCGCAGCGCAUUCCGUCCCAGCGAUGACGCCACUAUCCUGGGCUACUUCAUCCCAGCCAAUGCCAUGAUGUCCGUGCAAUUGAAGAAGACCGCGGAUCUGAUCCGCGCAGCUGGCGGCGACUCGACCCUCGCAUCCAAUCUCCAAACCCGCGGAGAGAACCUCGAGCAAGCCGUCCGCCAACACGGCAUUUUCAACCACCCAACGUACGGCGAUGUCUACGCUUUCGAAGUAGACGGGUACGGCUCGCGCAUCUUCAUGGACGACGCGAACAUUCCAUCCCUCCUAGCCCUGCCCUACUUAGGCUUCGUCGAUAAGUCCGAUCAAGUCUACCAAAACACCCGCAAGAUGAUUCUCGACCCUAACGGAAACCCAUACUACCUCACUGGAUCGGACUUUCACGGCAUCGGUGGACCUCACAUUGGUCUCGAGAACGCCUGGCCUAUGUCCCUGCUCGUGCAGGCAUUGACUACCGACAACGUAACGGAGAUCACCGAUUCUCUAAACCUAGUCCGCAACUCCAGUCUCCUGGGUUUAGUCCACGAGUCCAUCGAUGUCAACAACAUCAAAUCAUACACGAGACCGUGGUUCGCGUGGGCGAACUCUGUCUUUUCCCAGACUAUAUUGAAAGUCGCGGCUGAACAGCCUGAGGUUCUAUUCGGAGAUGGAGCGGAGCCGUAUGUCAUUUCUUAG